AGCCUACAUCCUAUAAUAGUCUUAUCUGGAACCAGCAACUUUCUUUAUCCGAUUUGGGGAGAAAAAGUACUACGAUUUAAACACGGAGAAGCUGUUGAUUUCAUAUGUCCAGGACGAACGAUUUUAAUUGGCGGAUCUCUACUAUACAUUUAUAAACCAAACUGCCUCCAUCAACCAGCAAGUUCUCGGCACUGCAAGACCCUCCUGGCUUCAAGGGUCUGGUAUUUACGAUGUGGGAUCAGUAACUAGUUUAUAUGUGAGAGCCAAUCAGAGAGCAACAAUCAAUGGCCAGUUGGGGUUAGAGGCCAAUUCGACCAAAUACAUUCAAGAUUCCACCAACUACUAUUUAGCCAGAGGACAUUUGACGGCAAGAAGUGAUAACUUUUAUGCUGCACAGCAAAACGCAACGUUUUACAUGCAAAACAUUGCGCCUCAGUGGCAGACGUUCAAUGGCUGGAAUUGGAACCAAAUUGAAAUUGAUUUGAGAGACUAUGCGUCUGAAAAUGGAGUCGAUUUACAGGUAUGGACAGGCGUAUAUGGAGUGACGACAUUACCUCAUAAGGACACUGGUGAACCAACCGAACUCUACUUAUACUACGUUAAUGAGACUAGGAAAGCGAUACCAGUUCCACAAGUUUAUUGGAAAGUGGCGUAUAAUCCACUGACUCAACGUGGUAUUGCUCUGAUCGGGGUGAAUAAUCCAUAUAACAGCACAUUCUCGAAAUUGUGUUUCGAUGUGUCGAGCAGAUUGAGCUGGCUGCACUGUGAACGCGAAAACCAAGUAUUGGGAUUCUGCUAUGCAUGCAGCAUAACUACUCUUCGAUAUGCAGUGAAUUUCAUUCCGGCAAUGGAUGUUAGAGGACUACUGUUAUAAGCAUUGUGAAACAUUUAUAUUAUAUAGUAUAUCAUAUAGAUUAA